ACAUUUGACAACCUUGUACCUUGUUCACUCUGUUCACUGUCACAGAACAAGAGAUGUUCCAUCGUGUGUGACCCGUUUGGUGUGUGAACCACUGCAUCUGCAACCACCACCACCACCAUGCCGAUCACCAACCACCAGCUCCAUGCUCCUCUCCGUUCAACCCCAUCUUCUUCAUCAUCUUCACAUUCUUUCUCCUCGAAGAUUCUACUCCUCCUCACUCUGCUUCCUGUCUCUUUGGCAACCAUAGCAUUCAUUCUUCAAUGGCGUGGUGGCAUCACCGAUCCAGCGACCCUUUUGUCCCCUCCUGGCUCCCUUCACUUCCCUGGCAUGGACCCUUCUCCGCUUUCCCCUGUCUCCCAUUCCCACUCUGAUUGUGUCAAACUUGGUCGAUCCUCAUCCCCUUCCUUUCCUUACUACCAUAACUGGAAGCUUGACUUUGAGGCUUCUCUCAGACCAAAGAUCUGUGUGACAACUAGUACAUCAGCAGGGCUUGAGCAGAUUUUACCUUGGAUGUUUUAUCACAAAGUCAUUGGAGUCACAGACUUUUUGCUUUUUGUGGAGGGGAAGGCUGCUUCUCCUGAAGUAUCGAAGGUCCUGGAAUCAAUUCCUGGUGUGAAAGUUAUAUAUAGAACAAGACAGCUGGAAGAACAACAAGCCAAGAGUCGUAUUUGGAAUGAGACAUGGCUGUCAAGUUUCUUUUAUAAGCCAUGCAAUUAUGAACUUUUUGUGAAGCAGUCCCUCAAUAUGGAGAUGGCUAUUGUUAUGGCAAGGGAUGCUGGGAUGGACUGGAUUCUUCAUCUUGAUACAGAUGAACUAAUACACCCAGCUGGUGCUCGAGAGUAUUCUUUAAGACAGUUGCUUCUUGAUGUUCCUGGAAAUGUUGAUAUGGUCAUAUUUCCUAACUAUGAGAGCAGUGUUGAACGAGAUGAUGUCAAAGAACCCUUCAGUGAGGUAUCAAUGUUCAAGAAGAACUAUGACCAUCUUCCAAAGGAUACAUACUUUGGCAUGUAUAAAGAUUCUGUACGCGGUAAUCCAAACUACUUCCUUACUUAUGGAAAUGGAAAAGCAGCCGCAAGAAUACAAGAUCAUCUUCGGCCUAAUGGUGCACACAGAUGGCAUAAUUACAUGAAAACCCCAAAUGAAAUCAAAUUGGAAGAGGCUGCCGUUUUACAUUACACAUAUGCUAAAUUCUCAGACUUAACAUCUAGACGUGAUCGCUGUGGUUGCAAACCUACAAAAGAAGAUGUCAAAAGAUGCUUCAUGUUGGAAUUUGACAGAUCUGCAUUCAUCAUUGCUUCAACUGGAACUGAAGAAGAAAUGAUGAAGUGGUAUAAUGAGCAUGUUGUAUGGGGUGAUAAAGACCUGAAGUUGAAAUUGUUGAGGAAGGGAAUUUUGACUCGCAUAUAUGCUCCCAUGGUCAUAGUACAAAGUUUGAGAGAAUCUGGAGUCUUCAGUUCUGUCAUUGCAUCUGCCCCAACACUCUCCAAAGAAAGUUUUUUGCAGUCAAUUGAUAGUAGUAACUCAUCAAGAGCUGUUGCUUCUGUAUCCCUUCCUUCUAGAAAGGCUGGAAGAACCAAAGAAUCUCAAGCAACUGUAAGGAAGGUUUUGGAUAUUGAAUCUUCUUCAUUUCAUGAAGUGGCUGUACCGCCAUUGUCUCCCCCAGGAGUAGAUGAUAUUGACCUCAGUUCAGAAUCUUGAUCAAAGUCAGAGCACCCUUCCUUCUCCUUCCAUCGAGGUACUUCAAUUAUCCUGUGAUGUUCAGUCAUGGAAAGAUCUACAGGUGAAGAGAGAGCCAAUUGGUUAUCUGAGCUUUAAGUGUGUUUGUUGAUGAAAAUAGUUGGAUAUCUUGUAGGCUUUUAGCCAUUUUUCUGUAUAGUGUGCCGCCAGUAUGUAUUCUGAUUUUUUUUUUUUUUGCCUUUUUCUCCUACAGGUGUUACAUUUCUGAUUAGGACAGUGGUAUUUAUUUCACUCUUGAUCAUUAUUAUUACUAUUGUCAUUCUUUUUUGCAUGA